GCUUGAGUUGUUUGCCGGCUCCCGGGCCGCCAGACGCUCGGAGGGAGCCCGGCCGGCUCGGACUGGGCGGCCGGGAGGGAGGGCGCCCCAGGUCACAACGGCGCCCGCAAGCCGAGCGCGGCCGGGACGUGCACCAUGGACCCAAAGGCGGGCGGCGGCGGCGAGGAGGACGACUGCGUGGACUCGGGCGCCGAGACCGGAGGGUCCGACUACAGCCACCUGUCCUCCACGAGCAAUGGAUUCUCCACCUGGCGGAUGCCAUGUUGCCUGUUCCUUUACUGUACACACGGUGACAAAGAAAAGGGAAGAUGGAGCCUCCAGGUUGAACAUACCUGGCCCUCAGGUGAGCUUUCCGUUGAAGAGGCGCAGGACCCUUUCCUAGUCAGCAUCCACAUAAUCGCAGACCCAGGGGAGUCCCAGCCCCUGCAGGAGGCCAUCGACAACGUCCUGGCGUGGAUCCACCCGGACCUCCCGCUGUUCCGGGUGUCCGAGAGGCGGGCGUCCCGGCGGCGGCGGAAGCCCCCCAAGGGCGCUCAGCCAGCGCUGGCUGUGGUGCUGUUCCUGCAGGAGGAGUACGGCGAAGAGCAGAUACUGCAGCUGCACCGCACACUGCAGCAGCCGCCCUGGCGCCACCACCACACCGAGCAGGUGCACGGCCGGUUCCUGCCCUACCUGCCCUGCAGCCAGGACUUCUUCACGCUGGCCCCUGGGACGCCGCUUUGGGCCAUCCGGCCCGUGCACUACGGCAAGGAAAUCGUGCGCUUCACCGUCUACUGUCGCUACAACAACUACGCUGACAGCCUCAGGUUCUACCAGCUGAUUCUCCGGAGGAGCCCCAGCCAGAAGAAAGCGGACUUCUGCAUCUUCCCUAUUUUUUCCAAUCUGGAUGUGGACAUCCAGUUCUCCCUGAAAAGACUGCCCUGUGACCAGUGCCCGGUGCCCACCGACUCCUCCGUGCUGGAGUUCCGAGUGAGGGACAUAGGCGAGCUCGUGCCUCUCCUGCCCAACCCUUGCAGCCCCAUCAGCGAGGGGCGCUGGCAGACGGAGGACCAUGAUGGGAACAAGAUCCUCCUACAGGCACAAAGGGUGCAUAAGAAGUUUCCUAAACCUGGCAGAGUACAUCAUGCCUCCGAGAAGAAACGUCAUUCCACUCCUUUGCCGAGCACUGCUGUACCAAGCCAUACACCUGGCAGCAGCCAGCAGUCCCCGCUCAACAGUCCUCACCCCGGGCCCAUCCGGACAGGCCUGCCUCCUGGGCACCAGCAGGAAUUUGCCGGACGAGCCAACAGCACCCCCAACCCUCCCUGGUCUUUCCAGAGAAGCAAGUCCUUGUUUUGUUUGCCCACAGGAGGCCCCUCCCUGGCCUCCUCAGCUGAACCACAGUGGUUUUCAAACACAGGUGCCCCAGGGCACAGGUCAUCAGAGUGGAGGCAUGGCCACCUCCUCUCCAUCGAUGACCUAGAGGGGGCCCAGGAGACAGACGUGGACACAGGCCUGCGGCUGUCCUCAUCGGACCUGUCUGUGGUCUCUGCAUAUUCUGCACCCAGUAGGUUCUGCAGCACAGUGGAGACACCCCUCCCCUCCGAAAGAUGCAGCAGCCACUGGGCAGCUCACAAGGAUUCCAGGGAGGGACCACUGCCCACUGUCACCAGGGUGACCACAGAGGCCUCCUGGGCUUCCCUCCCUUUCUUCACCAAAAGGUCUUCCAGCUCCUCAGCGACAGCUCGUGCUGCUCCCCCAGCUCCCAGCACCUCCACCCUCACAGACUCCUCCCCACAGCUCCCAUGCGAUACCCCCAAAGUCAAGCAGACUGAUGGAGACCUGCCACCACCCCCAGGGUCGGCUGGCCCCAGGGAUAAUGACAUGGAGGAAUUCUACAUCUGAAUGCCCUCUGCUCUUGUUCUCGAAACACACAAACUCAGAGACACAGACUCAGGCCCCACUGCCCCUCUGGCCACUGAGCACACCACAUUCUUCAUGAUCCAUUUCCCAGGAGCCCAUAGCACAUUUGCCUACCACCCACUCUUAGCUGGGGGUUGGUAUAUCUCUAGAGACACAGCAGAAAAAUACUGGCAUUUUUAUGCAAAUAAAUUCUCAACAAACUUGUCAUAAAAUAUAUUUUUUGAAUAUUCAGCAUUUGAGGUAUGGUUUAGUGGGUUUAUACAAUUUAAAUGGCUUAUAUAAUUAUUUGAGAUGAAAAGAAAACCUAGUCAGCCAGAACCAAUUUGGCAAUUUUUCCAUGGUAUGAAGGCAAAUCAAUUAAGGCCAAAACGUUGAAUGUGGGAGAGAUAGUAAGUGACUUGUAUGAGGGAUUACUGCAUAACAACGUAACGCACACCUUACUGGAUUCUCCAUAUAUAUAUUUACAUUACCAGAGAACAGUGGCCCUAGGGAUGUUUAAGCACUGCUUAUAGUGGAAAAAGUCACCUUGAGAAGUAAACGUAUAUCAGACUACAGGUAAUUCCUCAUCUUGAAGCCAUGCAACACCUGAAAAUCUGGAUUUAUACAGAAGUUGCUAAUGUGUUUUAUAAAGAUUUAGCAUGAGUAACAGACUCUUGGUGCAUUUAAAAUAUGUGAGUUCCAGAAAGUAGAUUUGCAUACACCUUUUCAACAGCACAUUUCACUGGAAUGGAUGAGGGGCUUCUGAAGGCCACUCCACUACCUGAAUUUAUUUGGAUCACUGAGGAAGAGCAUUUGUUGGGAUUACAGAAUUAUAGGCCAUUAGACGUCAUGCGUAGGUAGUCUUAAGAUUCUUCAACUUUCAAAAACCACAGUCUAAGGACUAUAUUCAAAUGACAAGAGCCGCACUGUAUACUGCUUUCUGCAGUGACCAUGCUGGGUCACGCAUCCUAUGUUUCUCAUUUUUAAAUGAUUUGGAACAUUUUAGCCAGCAUUUUGAUCACACAGAUUAAUAAUGCUGUUCUCCCCAAAACGGGAAACUUUAAAUGAAACGCUCUCCUGAACAAACACCAGUGCACUGCCAGCCUCACAUGAUUGCAUGGGAGCUUUAAUUAACGCUGGAGCCCAGCAACCUUGGCUUUUCCUGCCUGUUAUCUGCUACUGUCACACCGUGAAUGGUAUUUGAAUCUCACCUCCCUCUCACCUCAGUAAGAGUAUGUUUGCUUACAGCCCCAACCUCAGCAAUGCCAAAGGCUGGCAUCGGGGGCAGUGCCAAGCUGUCCCUGGAUACUAUUUACCUUUGAGGAAGAAGAGCGUGGGUUUGCCAAGCUCAAUUCCCAGGCUGGUGCUCCUUGAAUUAAUCAUGGCACAGUGUUCAUCUCUCUGGAAAUGCCCACGUCAGCCCAGACACAGCCUCAGAGUCCUUUCCAACACGACCCUCCAGGCAGCAGUUACCAACCAUCAGUCUUCAGCUGAAGCUUCAAGUCUUUGCCAUCCUUGUAAUGACAGCCUUAGGCCUUGCCCCAAGCAUUCUGUACUCUCUAACACUCAGAAUUGUAAUAUUCUGCUCUAAUUUACAUUUUUAAAAAUAUAUAGUCUCCUAAUUCAGGAUAAGGAGUAAGCAAACUUUCUGAAAAGGGCUAGAUAAUAAGUAUUUUAGGCUUUGCCAGUCAUAUGGUCUCUUUUGCAGCUACUCAACUCUGCCACUGUAGUAUGAAAGCAGCCAUGAGUAAUAUGUUAAUGAAUGGGAAUGGCUGAGUUCCAAUAAAGCUUUAUUUUUUUUUUAUUUGAGAUGGGGUCUUGCUCUGUUGCCCAGGCUGGAGUGCAAUGGCGCAAUCUCAGCUCACUGCAAGCUCUGCCUCCUGGGUUCAAGCCAUUCUCCUGCCUCAGCCUCCCGAGUAGCUGCGACUACAGGUGCGCACCACAAUGCCUGGCUAAUUUUUUGUAUUUUUAGUAGAGACAGAGUUUCACCAUGUUGGCCAGGUUGGUCUCAAACUCCUGACUUCGUGAUCCACCCACCUUGGCCUCCCAAAGCACUGGGAUUACAGGCAUGAGCCACCGUUCCCAGCCAAUAAAACUUUAUUUACAAGAACAGCUGGUGGGCCAGAUUUGGCCCAAGGGUCAUAGUUUAUUAUCCCUUGAGCUAGGCUGCUGCCUGAGGUUGAUUCAACAUCCCAGCUCCAGUCAACAACAAAAAUUCUAAGUCUCCCGCCUAAUGCUGCUGUGGUGUGUCAUGCCAAGAAAGUGGGCUACUCAGGUUAGACCAAUGACUACAGAACCACAGGGCUCAGAACAGGAAGGAGCUUCUUUCUGCAGAGCUGAUUCCUGGAAAGCCACCAGCACUCCACCUUCUGCCCAGAAAUGUGAUUCAGUCAAUAGCUGAUGAGGAAAAGCAACCUGCAAACAUUAGGAAGAAGGAGAAAAAUAAUUCAGAGGUGAUGAUACCACCUCCAAUGAACAGGGAAGCAAGUUCAUCAGUAACAAAAGUCAGUGAGGCAAAAAAAAAAAAAAAAAAGGCUAACGGCCGAGGGCUGGCUCCUUCUUUCUCCCUAAUCAGUGUCCUUAUUUCAGUGUGCUCACAUGCUCGCCUAGGACUGCUUUAGAGUACAACUCAGGACCCGCCCUCAUCACAGUCCAAUCUACCAAACUGAGUGACCCUAAAGGACAUCAUAGACAACAUUUGAAAGCAAGAAAUGCAAAAUGUUCCCAUAGCAUCAGGUGAGCAGGGAGAGGAUGCCUACUGUAGACCGCAUGGAAAUGGCAGUCCCUCCACGGAGAGGGAAUCACAGGAACACAUUUACCAAAGCCUUCCCUUCCAUUUCUGGCCAUUCCAGUAGCAUCUUCCUCAUCCAGAAGGGCUUCCAAUACUCUCUGGAGGAUCCUGACUCGUUUGGAGUAUUAUCCUUGUAAAAGAUGCUGGCACAUUGUAGGUGCUCAAUAAAUGUGUUCAAUUGAAAAA